AUGGAGCGCGGUGUUCCACAGAGGUCCGUCCUGGGCCCUCUGCUGUGGAACAUCGCGUUCGACCGGGUGCUGCGAUCUCCCCUCCUCCAAGGCUGCCACGUGGUCUGCUACGCAGACGACACGUUGGUGUUGGCCGAGAGGGAGGAUUGGGGGGAGGCUCGCCUCCGAGUGGAGGCAGCUCUACACUCGGUGGUGGGAACCAUCAGUGACCUCGGGCUCAAAGUGGCCCCCCAGAAGACCCAGGCCAUGUGCCUGGCCCCCCGGGUCCGCAAGGUAGGCACGGCCUUGGCCGGCCUGAUGCGGGCCCAGGGGGGUCCUGGAUGGCAGGCACGCCACCUGUACGUGGGCGUUGUGCUCUCGGUCGCUCUGUACGGGGUGCCCCGACUCCUAGCCACCCGUCGCUACAGGGACCUGCUGCGACAGGCCACGCAGCCGGUGCUGGGAGCUCCGCGAAAGGGAGGAGGGCUAUCGGCUAAGGACCUGAGGGCCCUGAAGACCCAGGCCGGUAACCGGAUCCUCAACAAGUGGUCGGCCGAAUUGGCCGAUCCGCGAGGAUUCGGUCGCCAGACAGCCGAGGCUGGCCGCCCCUGCCUACCGGAAAUAGUGGGCAGGAGGGGCCGCGGACAAUCUUUCCACUUGGUGCAGGUACUAACGGGGCAUGGAUGCUUCGGAGGGUACCUGCACCGAAUAAGGAAAGAACUCACCACCGAGUGCCACUACUGCCCGAAGCCGGAUGACUCGGCACGGCACACCCUCGCAGAAUGCAAGGCGUGGAGCCAAGAGCGUCGAUUCCUGGCCCGGGCGGUCGGGUGCCGUGUGGAAGAUCUCUCGCUCCCGCGCAUGGUCCGCGCCAUGUGCGGGAGCGGGGAGGCAUGGGGGGCGGCGGCCUCCUUCUGCAGGGAUGUCAUGUCCCAGAAAGAGGCCGCCAAGUGGGAGCGUCGGCCCAACCCCGACCGCAGGGUUGCGAAAAACUUGUCCUGCCUUUUGUUCGGAGGUUUGCCACACGUCGGACAAUACGGUAGGUCAGUGUGCGCAUCGUGCAGAUGUUGCGGAUACUCCAAGUCGAUCUCCAGAAUGUAA